CUUCUCUCGUAAUCGUUCAUCAAAGUGCAGUAGAAUGUACCUGAUUCCCUUCGUGGUGGGAUUGAUCGGCUAUGAUCAAUGUGUCAACGACUCUCCGGAAUUGUGGAAAUACGGACCCGAAUAUAAUUUUCAUUUCCAAGUUUAUGCAUCUGCGGUACUUGAACCUGAUCGCGAGAUGCAAUCAAACGUAUCAGCACUUGUGAAAUGCCGGCCAUUCGCAUCGAAAGUUUCUAGUGAGAUCAACGAUACCCUUCGGUGUUAUGUAAGUAGUGCGGAGAUCGAUAAUUAUGAAACGGAUACAUCAUCAACACCUCCGAAAACAAACAGAUCACAUCCACCACAACCUUUUGAGAUUACCGGAUGGACAUUUGAUGUUCUUUUCGGAGAGAAUGCAGUUGAGCACAUAAAAAUCCACAACUUUUUCGGGAAUUACCGAUUGAAUAUGUACCGAGACUUCAUCAGUCACCUUAGCUUCGCUUUCAAUUCGUUUGGAGAUAAAAAAGAACGAUUCACUGUGAGAAAAUAUGAAAGCUCGAUUAUGGGUGAAUGUGACACACGUUUCGAAAUUUCUCAACAAAUGAAGUCACCUUAUGGAAAUAUGUGGAAUAGCACCUGUCAGAACUUGCGCUUGGAAGUGGUUGGAUCACACUAUUCGUCCCUGAUGCUCCAGAAGACAAGAAAUGUGAGGAACUGUAGGAAGCACACUUCCUACUUAUUCGGCGCAGAAGAUUCUUCCAACAACAAUUCCGUCUUCAGCAUUCAAACUAACUCAUCUAUGAGCGGAAUUAUGCUGACACCUCGGAGUUUUGAGUCUCAUACUAUUCGAACGGGGUUCAUGAUUACGCGCAAAUCUGGUCACUUUGAGAACUUCCCGAUCUUCGAAAAAAUUGGUCUUCAACUGGUAUCAAUUGAGCCGGCAUCUACAGAACUUGAAACUUUGGAAACUUAUGGGGUAACGGGAAUUUGGGCGGAUGAUUUGAUUAUAAGAUCUGAUGAUAAAAAUCAUGUUAAGGAUAGCGACAGAAGCAACCGGAAAAUGAAGACUCUCAGCUUGAUUCCCUUCGUAGUGGGAUUAAUUGGCUACGAUCAGUGCAUCAACGAAUCUCCAGAACUAUGGAAGUUCGGUCCAGAAUAUAAGUUUGGAUUCAACGCGCUGGAAUCAAUACAGACCAAAGAGGCAAACGAAGUGGUGGUAUCAAAUGCAUCAGCUAUCGUAAAAUGUCGACCCUUCUCAGAAAAUUCUAACGGAAUCAACAAUGCUCUUCGAUGUAACAUAUCUUUUGCUGAACUUGAUCAGUUCGAAGCCAGUGCAUCUUCAACACUUGCGAAGGGAACCAGACCAAGUAACCCUGUACCCUUUGACAUCACUGGUACUAUUGAUAUUCUCUAUGGGAAGGCCCAAAUUGAAGAAAUAAGAAUCCAUGAUCCAAUGGAAAAUUAUCAAAUGAAUAUCUAUCGAGAUAUUGCUAGCCAACUUGAUGUGGCGUUCAAUGAGUUUGGCCAAUUCACAGGACGAUUGUCAGCAAGAAACUAUGAAAAAUCAACGGUUGGACAAUGUGAUACCAAGUUCGAAGUACUCAAGCGAUUGCAAAAUCCAAAAAACACGUGGGAGAGUGAAUGUAAAGAAUUACGCUUGAGCAUCCAUGGAACUAAUGACCAAUCAGUGAUGCUAGAAAAAACGAGAAAUAUGGAGAAUUGUACAAAACGAACGCCUUAUUUCUUUGGUGCCGAAGACUUCACAGCAAAAUCUUCCGUUUUGAAAUCCUAUACGAACACGUCUGUCAGUACGAUUACCGUUGCACCCCAAAGUUUCAAAUCCCGUACGAUCAGAACGGGUACUCUUACUAUCACCACCUCUAAGGAGAUUAGAAAAUUCUUGAUUCAUGAGCAAAUUAGUCUGCGUCUUUUGUCGAUUGAACCAGCAGCUACUAAAUUUGAAAAUCUGGAAACGUACGGCCUGACGACAGUUUUGGCCGACAGUACUAUUUUGACGCCUAACGAUGGAGUCCACGCAGAGAUUGAAUAAUUUUAUUAUUUAAAAUCGCUGAUUCAGUAAUCAAUAAUGAUAGCUUGAGUAUCUGUCUCUAAUAAUGUACUAUGAAUAAAAGCACUCGUCGAGCCGAUCGAAACUGAAUGCCGAAAAUAGAAAACGGCUCGAUGAAACAAAUAGUUUUCAUCAUGGUAAA